GCCGCGCGCCACUCGUCCGCGCGGUACCACGGUGACGGCGGCGGCGAACGGCGGUGGCGACGGACGAUAACGACACGGCGAGCGAUCGAAACGGAGAACGUGGACUGGUGGUGUAGACACCGACCUUGCACCCGGCGCGGUGUCCGGAGAUCGCCUCCCCGAAACGCGCACGACCGCGGGACGGGACGCUCUUUCUCCCUCUCUCUCUAAAUCUCUCUCCGUUUCUUCGUCGUUCUUUCGCUCUCCUCGUCAUGGACGUCGCCGCGUUCUCCGAGGACAGCUUCGACGUGAAGGAGUGGAUCAACCGGACGUUCAAGUCCACCGAGGCGCAGGAGAACAAGGACGCUUUUGUCUCGUCAUUAGUGAUGAAGUUGCAAUUAUAUGUGCAACAAGUUAACGGUGCCUUAGAGGAGACCAGUCAAUCCGUUCUCUCUAGCCUACCAAGAAUUUUAAGAGACACUCAACUCCUGCAACAAGAAACGUUAGCACUGAGAGAAAAAAUGGUCGCUGUCAAGCAAGAGAUCGCGAAGAUCGAGAAGGAUACAGCCUCUUCUAUGGCUACGUUAGAGAGGAUCGAUAGGAUAAAAACGGAAUUACAAACCGCUAAGCAGGGAUUACACGAGGCCGACAAUUGGACGGUGUUGGCUAAUGACGUGGAAGAGGUGUUUGAGUCGGGCGAUAUCGAGGCUAUAUCUAAUAAAUUGUUCAGCAUGCAGAAGUCUCUGGCUAUGCUCGCGAGUGUUGUCGACUACGAGGAUAAAAAGCUGCAAUUAGAAGGCCUGAAAAAUCGCCUCGAGGCGAUAGCCAGUCCGCGACUGGUCCAAGCUUUUACCGCUGUUAAUUUAGAGCAAUCCAAAACUUACGUGGAUAUCUUUGGCAAGAUGGAACGUUUGCCUCAGCUUCUCAAGUACUAUCACAAUUGCUUGAAGGUCUCGUUGGGCCAAGAAUGGAGACGUACCAUCGAGUUAGCGCAAGACGAGAAUGUCACUUACUGGCUACGUACAUAUUAUGACAAACUGUUAUCUUCUUGGCACGAACAGGUGAAAUGGUGCCAUCAAGUCUUUCCUAACGCCUCGGUAGACAUUCAUAUCGAGGUUUAUGCUGACCUUUUGAGGAGCCUCGAUCCCGGUAUUCCGGAAUGCAUAGAGGCCGUACUAAAACAACAUUCCAACGCGGUGCAAUUGUCCAUUCUACUCGAAUUGAAACAGAUGACGCGGCAUUUUGCCGUUAAUCUCAGCGGCGCCAUCGAAACGUCUCUUCACGGAAAAUUGCAGAACGAAAAGUUACUGUCACUAGCGCAAGCUGUAUACGCGCCUUACGUUCCUUAUGUCGCAAAGUAUAGCACAUUCGAAACCGCACAGUUGGAGCAGCAUCUACAGUUUUUGGAUCGCACGCACGACGAUUUAAGCGACACUAUUAAUUCCCUUUCUCUUAGUAUUUCGCGAGUUAUGGGCUACGCCAGCGAAGCCAAUAAGCGGUGUAAGCUUUUCACAGAAGGUUGCGGAUAUCCUGGUUUACUACACUCGUUAAAUAUUUAUUUUAAUAAAUAUCUCGAAAAAUAUCAGCAAUGUUUGAGACAACUUGACAGAAAGAAGGUGAGACACGAAGAUUGGAAUUUAUUCCAAAUGUGUCUUACGUUGAUGCAAAAUAUAGGUGAUCUCUUGCAUCAAGUGCAACAAUUCGAAAAGUCGCUCGUGAUCGACAUAACAGAAGCUAAUAACAAACUACAGAACACGAAUGGUAGUGUUUUUUGUCAGUAUAAAAAGUUACUGCUAACUCCGGCAGGAUGUGUCGAUCUAGAAAAUCUUGUUGCAUCUUUUCAAAGAGAAGACAAGACGAUUCUCGAUUCAAUUAUAAAAUCUAUUCAAAAACUCUGCACUGACUUACAUCAUAUUACGUAUGAAGUUAUUUUCGCGCCAAUAUUCUCUCAGCUGUUGUUGGUGCAAAAGGCACCAGCCUGGUCACAGGAGACCAACAAAAUGUCCAAUUUAAGUUCAGAUCUACCAGAUUAUAGUUUCGCCCCUCAAGAGUACAUUACUCAGGUCGGGCAGUAUUUAAUGACGUUGCCGCAACACUUGGAGCCGUUUUUAUUGAGGGAUAAUCCGAGUCUAACGCAAGCGUUGAAGGCAGCCGAUCCGCAAUAUGUUCAAGGCUCGGCCGAAUCUGGAUUCACUAGUAUACUCUUGGACAUUGUUGCUCGGGGAACGUGUCAAAUGUUUCAGGAUCAAACCUUGGGUAUCUGCCAGUUGAAUUCCGUUGCUUGCAAACAGCUCGCAACUGAUAUCGAUUAUCUGGGUAAUGUACUAGAGGAGCUUGGUCUAUGCUUAUCGGAGAACCUUCAACACAUGUCCUUACUGCUCAGAUUACCGUCAGAGGAUUAUCAGAGCGGUAGUUCCGGAUGCAAUGCUCGUGUCGUAGCUGCAGUCAGGCAAAUGCGCAACAUUACGUCUUCCGGCUGACACAGUCCUUGUCAAACUGGACACGGUAUCACAACGUGAGACCCUCCGGUUUUCCGUUCCAUACUUUACACAAAAUGUAUGAUUUCGCGCGACAUUUAUGAAAUAUAUUUGCAAAUUAUCCUAUAAUUGUAAAAAGUAAAGUUAUGUAUAGUACUAUAUUGUAUAUACAUAUACAAAUGCAUUCUUA